AUGACAAGGUGGAGCGUCGCGGCGGUGGGAGCGGCGGCGAUGAUCGCGUACAGCAACACGACGUUCUCCCAUUUUGCAUGGGACGACCGAGGUGCGAUCCUUACGAACAUGGAUGUGCGUACGGAUGUCACGCCCAUACAGAGCAUCCUAUACCAUGAUUUCUGGGGCAUGAACUUGACUUCUCCUCACAGUCACAAGAGCUUUCGACCAGUCACAGUGGCGUCAUUUCGACUGAACUAUGCCAUCCAUGGUCUACAUCCUCACGGAUACCACCUCGUGAACGUCCUCUUGCACGGGGUGGUAUCCAUGCUGGUGGUGCGAACAGGCCAAGCCUUGUGCGUCGACAACAGUGAGACCAUGGCGCCACUAUUUGGCGGAUUACUGUUUGCCGUGCAUCCCAUACACUGCGAUUCCGUCGCAAGUGUCGUCGGGCGCUCAGAUAUUCUGUGCGCCGUAUUCUCACUUCUCGCACUGCUUUCGUACCACCAAGGACUGCUCUGCCGCCACCAAUCGAAACGUCGUCAACAUACGUGGACACUAUUCGCUGUGGCGUCGAUCUGCUUGGCAACCUUGGCCAAAGAAUCUGGGUUUGCGAUGUUUGCCGUUCUCGUGGCGAUGGAAUACACAAAGCACUGCGGUGUCGGCGCACUCCGUCGGAGCGGUGGCGUGAUGGCAGCUGGCGCAGCGUUCUUUGCAUGGCGCGUGUGGAUGAACGGUCCUUCUAUGAUGUACCAAUGGAGCAUCUACGAAAACGAGUUUGCACACUUGCCGUCGACGACGGCCAAGGCACUUUCGUACGCGCACGUCCACUCGCUAUACCUGUGGAAGCUAUUUUGGCCACGGCACCUAUGCUACGACUACGGCUGGAAGACCAUCGAUGCUGUCACGAGCGUGAACGACGUUCGCAACUUCGGGUCGGCCGUGGCGUAUGUUUGCGUCCUCACUUGUGUCAUCGUGAGCGCGGCACAUCGACAGACGUCGCCCGUGUUUGUCAUGCUCGCGCUGGGAAUCUGCCCGUUUGUUCCAGCAUCCCACGUCUUGUUCCCCGUCGGGACGAUCGUUGCCGAGCGAUUGUUGUACUUGCCAAGCGUGGGAUUUUGUCUUGUUGUGGGGUGGGUAGUCGACAUUGCAAUGCAGGCCGCGAAUCCGGCGGCGAAAGUGCACGUGCUCUCGUUGGUGGGCUUGGUUUUGAUCGCGGCUACGAUGCGCACCGCGACGAGAAAUCUCGAUUGGUAUGACGAAGCCACGCUAUUUCAGAGCGCGUUGCAUGUCGCGCCGACCAGCGUCAAGGUCUUGUCAAACCUUGGCAAAGUCACCUUGCCAAAGAACGCGACAUUGGCCGCGUUGUACCUCGAACAUGCCGUCACUCUCAUGCCCACGUACGCGCUGGCCCAUCUCAACCUCGCAGCAUGCUAUUCAGCGCUGAAGCAGCCGCUGCACGCGAUGCACCACUUGGUGCAUUCGAUCGAGCUUGUUCCCAACGUCAAGGCACACAUAUCACUUGGGCAACACUUGGUCGAGUUUUGGGAAUCCCACGUCGGUGUGGGCGACUCGACGCUGAACACAGCAGCCCGCCUCAUCCGCCAUGCCAUCGACCAAGGGGCGGCAUGUCCUUCCGCGUUCUACGGUCACGCCAAAGUGGCGUUUGCGCAUGGCAACAUAGACGACACUCUUCGGUCUUUAGCCAAGACAAAGCAAGCGAAUGCGCACGUCGCGGCGCGAGGGUACGACUUGAACGAAGCCGUUGAUCCAUGUUUGGUUGAUACGUUGACGGGCCUGGCGUGGGAGCGAUCCAACUUGACGGCCGCUGUGUUGUUUUACAUAUCCUUUUUGACACGUUGUAUGUCAACGAUCUCCAAACGUAUCCACGACGGUGUCCUUGACAGACUGCACGGCCGUGUCAUGCGCUUGCCGACGUUCCUAGACUGCGUUUCCGUCGUGAACAAUGCCGCCGCGAGUUUGCAUCGCUACGGCCGGACUGUGGACGCUGUGGCUCUGCUCGAGGCUGCCACCGUCCGCCACCCGCUUCAUGCCGUGUUGUGGUCCAAUGCUGGGUACAUGGCGGAAUCUCUUGGACGCCAUGAUGACUCUUUGAUGUUCUUUGAGACUGCGCUGCAACUACAGCCAGAUUCGCCGCACGUUCGAACCAAAGUGGAGUUAAUUAAAGCGAGGCGGCACCAGCUACUCGUCAAAAAACACUGACAUAUAUGGUCUACAUUUG